GUCCAAGGUGUCGGCGGUGGCAUCGGUUUCGUCUCUGAAGCCUACAAAGCCCAUAAAGCGACAAAAGCACAAAAACAAGCAAGAGACAGCUUCCAUGGACUCGAGCCAUCGUCGAAUGAUAUACCAACGACUCACAAUGGCGAUCAAGAAACAUAUGCACUCGCCGAAGAAGCCCACACAGACCUCACCACCGACCAAGAACCCACAGAAGCACAUGAACCAGACGAACCAACCGACCCCGUGACCCUAGCAGAAUCCUUCAUCUCCCGCCUCCCUUCCUCCAGCCCUCCACAUUCACCGUCCCGACCCCUCCCCUACCCCAUCAUAAUCCCUCAGCGCCGCCCCAGCGACCGCACCCGCGGCUUCCUCCAAGCCUACCCACCAAUCCUUGCCACCCGCUCCAUCACCUCAUCAACCUUCCUCGACUUCCUCUGCACCUUCAACACCUCCACACGCGCCACGAAAUGGAUCGCUGCACUCAAUCUCGCUUCCUUGGCUACAGUCAUGCUGCCCACCCUCACCUCCGUGCUGGUAUCCAUGGCCAUCACCGCCGCCACAACAGCAGCAAUGGAAGUCCAAGGCCGCGUCAAAACAAAUCGAUUCCUCGAUAAAGUCAACGCAUCGUUUUUCAUGCCCAGAGGACUUUUCUGCUUAGUGGUUACUUGGAAUCCUGACACCAGCGACGCAAGAACAAGCGUGGAUUUCGAAGGUAUCGCAAAGAAAGUGAUGCAGAAAGGUGGCAAGAACAACCCGAUGCAAACGUUGAAAAAGUCGAACGGAAGUACUUAUGGAGAGUCUGAAUGGCCUGAGAUUGCGCCGUUGAUUUAUCCUGCUGUUGAUGACUCGACUACAGUGUCAGGGAAUGGGGUAGAAGCGAAGAAAAAGUCGUCUUUGCAGGACAAGAAGAGGUUCGUGGAGGAUUACAUGGACAGAAGGGCGCAAGCGAAAUUCGCAAAGGACAAUCCGAGUAGUGCUCUUGCUGCAGGUCCAAAGCCACAGUUUACUUCACGCUAUGCUGAUCCGAGUCAUGCGGCAAACAGCGGGUCACUGGUUACCUUGAUCUCGGGAGGUGUGAUACAAAUGCCUGAGCGCCAAGAUAUGCUGAGCAACCGCGGAGGACGUGGAGUUAGUAACUCCAUAGGCGGUCGAGCAGCAUUUGGGCGAGGCUUUGGUGGAGCGAGUGAACGUGAAGGAGCUCGAGGAGACAUUGGCAGGGGAGUACAGCGUGGGCUGGGAGGACUUGCUGGCGGCCGAGGUGGCAGCAGUGCAGGUCCAUUGGGUCUCUUGCAGAAGGUCAUGAAGAAGGAUGUUCUGUACCUCCUUAUUGUUGACAUGCCUUCUGACGAUGAGUUGGCUGCAGCGCAG